CUUGAUCUCAGGUGUCUCCUAUCAUCAUCCUUCUCAACACACCCCCUCCUUUUACUUUUCUUGAAACCUCUCCUGCAUCAUUUGACCCAGAAAAAUCCAUUCGCAAAAGGAUAACUUCAUUUCCAUCGGACCUUCCAGAGUUUAGGGCGUCAACAUGAAACUGCACUAUAUCUCUCUCAUGCUCACAGCCUGCCUGAGCACGGUUGUUGCUCAAGGCUUGGAGGGUCUUCCUGACUGCGCGAAAGAUUGUGCUACUGGUUCCAUUCCCAAGCAGUGCCAGGCUAUUGAUAUUGCUUGUAUUUGUGCAGACAAGAGCUUCAUCAACAAUAUUUCCUGCUGUGUCGCCAAUAAGUGCUCGAAGGACCAACAAGAUGCUGUGAUUAAAUUUGCAAACCAGAUCUGCGGCGGUGCCGGUGUAAACGAUCUUCCCAAGAGUGCUAGCUGUGCUAGUGGAAGCUCGAGUGCUACUGAAACCCCCCCCCGCUCUUCUGCCUCUAAUAAGUCGUCGGUUACUUCGACAGGUACAGAUACGAGUGCAUCAGUCACGACUACCUCGGGUUCUUCUGGCAGCUCUUCAUCACCAGUCAGUUCCCAAUCUGACAACAAUACCAAGGCCUCGUCUACAACAGCUCCGUCGCCUACUACUAGUACUGGCAGAGCCGCUCUUGUCCAAGGCAAGGAUACCAGCCUCCUUGCCGCUAUUGGUGCGGCGGUUUUCGCAUUGUUUGUGUAAAGAAGUGAGGCUUGCAGCCCAUUUCUUGAGUGGAGAGUUUUUGUGGAGUUAACCCGACUACUUGAUGGAAAGUCGAGGAAGUAGAGCAGGCGACCACAUGUCUAGAAUCAAGCCUAUUGGGCAAGAACUUGUCUUAUUUUUUUCAAUAAGCCCACUAGGUCAAUAUUCUAGUUAUCUUAAACGUCCACUCGAAGAAUGCAU